AGAGCGUCUGCGUGGCCGAGAGCAGCCCACAACGCCGCCGCAAGCGAAGGGACUCAUUCCAGCGCUGGUGGUCGACGCCGCCUGCCCCCACAUGCACUCCUCUCUCCACGCCUCCCCGCUCCCCUCUCGCCCCCGUCGCCCACCGACCGGGCUGUAAGCCGUCGCCGAGCUCGGUGGCAUUCGCGCCAUGUGGCGGCUGGGCGGUCGCCGGAUCCGCACGCCGCGUAGGCCGGCGGUGGGGCUGAGGCCCGCUUCCACGGCGGCUGCGGCCGCGGCGGUUUCUUCGUGCAGGGCCGUGGUCUUGCCGCGGUUCGGCGGACCCGAGGUCCUCGAGGUGCGUCCGGCCGUCAGCGUCCCCGAUCUGAAGCCGCGCGACGUGCUCGUCCGUGCCCGCGCCGUCUCCAUCAAUCCCCUGGAUUUGCGGAUGCGAUCCGGUUAUGGCCGUUCUAUUUUCGGGCCACUCUUGCCACUGAUUCUUGGCCGUGAUGUUAGCGGUGAAGUUGCAGCUGCUGGGGCCUCGGUUUCUUCACUUGUUGUUGGUCAAGAAGUUUUCGGUGCGCUGCAUCCGACCGCUGUUAGAGGUACUUAUGCGGAUUAUGUCGUUCUCUCGGAAGAUGAGCUGACGCCUAAACCGCCUUCAGUAACACAUGUGGAGGCAAGUGCUAUCCCAUUUGCUGCCUUGACAGCAUGGCGUGCUUUAAAAAGUACGGCUCAAAUAACUAAUGGUCAAAGAUUGUUAGUACUAGGCGGGGGAGGAGCUGUUGGACUUGCUGCAAUUCAACUUGCUGUUGCUGCAGGGUGCAGUGUAUCAGCUACAUGUGGAAGCCAAAGUAUUGAACGAGUUUUGGCAGUUGGUGCUGAACAAGCCAUUGAUUAUACUGCUGAGGACAUAGAGGUUGCAAUUAAAGGACAAUUUGAUGCUGUUCUUGACACUAUAGGCAUACCUGAAACUGAGAGAACUGGCAUCAAUCUUCUGAAGAAAGGUGGACACUAUAUGACGCUACAGGGAGAAACAGCUUCUUUAGCUGAUAACUACGGGUUAGUGAUUGGUAUUCCUGCUGCCACAGCUAUUUUGCUAAAGAAGCAACUUCAGUAUCGAUAUUCUCAUGGAAUAGGUACAAAGUUGUUCCUCUAUUUUUCAAUUGCUCACAUUAUUGAUAACUAAUCCAAAGGGUAAUGA